ACAAGCACUAUGCUUUUUGAGGGCCAAGCUGAUCACCUCAUCCCUUCCACCUCCCAAGUGCUUGUGCAGAGUGACUUGUUCAAGAUGGCAGGGAGGAUGAUAGGUCACUCCUUUCUGCAUGGUGGUCCUCCACUGACAGGUGUCAGCCCAGCAAUUCUGCAUGUUUUGUUAGGUGGCUCCCGGGAGACAGCAACCAUCAUGCUGGAAGAUGUGGCAGACAUUGAUAUCCGCGAGACAAUAGAGCUGCUUGAGAGGAAAACGAGCAGUGAGCUGACAGAGGAUCAGAGGGCUGCUGUUAACCAGUUGGCAUUAUCUUGGGACCUUCCUGUGUUGACACAAGCCAACCAUGUCUGGCUUUUACAGUCUUCUACAGCAUGCGGUGUUAGGGCGAACCUCCCAACAAGUGAAACAGCUGAGGCAGGGACUGCAGGACACAAUGUUAUGGCCACUGUUGGAGGCCAGGCCAGAUGUGGUUCCAGUGGUGUUCCCUCGUCAGGCUAUGGCGAAAUGCAGUGCUCAGAUGGUUCUAGACAACAUCAUCUGGCCUGGAGAAGAGGAAAAGGAGGACGACGACAAUGGAUGCUCUGUUGCAAUCAGAUGCAAAAUGGCUGGCUACCUACGUCAGUUUGUGGAGACAGCAGUAGGAUUUCUGGAACCAUUCACCUGCAUGUUCGGUGCUGGCCUGAUGACGCUUACAACACACACGGAGAUGAGAAGGGUAUGUAUGGACUUGUCUAACUCUGGGGGUUACAGUGAAUAAGAAAGUCCCAAUAAGUCAGCAUGUUCCUUUUUAAAGCAAUGUUCAGAAAGUAGGGGGCAUCCAUUUUUGCUUUUCAUGAAAAACAAAUACACAUGGUAGUUGUCAUUUUGUUUUACUUUUAAUAACAAGAAUGUAUGCAUUUUAAUUAUGCAUUU